AUGGCGACGAAAAUCAGACUCACGUGUGCACGGGACGCUGGAAGGAUUCGUGCCUUAGAUCGUAAUAAUGAAAUCGGUGAUGUUUUGAGGGAUCGGUUGUACCGGAUCUUGUCCAAGGCCGAUUUGGUCAGCAACCUGCGAAGGAUCGAAUACGGAACGAAGCCGUUCAUGGAAGCCGGAGACGUCAGCAUGGUCGUUCUGUUCUGGUCUGGCUUUCUUUCUUGCUGGACGUCCAACAGCAACUACGAUAAAAAGUACGUGUGGGAAUCGUCUGCUGGAGGUUGCUUCACCGUCCGUCAGAACACCGGAGAAUCCCUCGGCCGUGGUACCAAGAUCGUCCUCCACAUCAAUGAAUAUCAGCUGGAAUACAUGGAGGAGAGCAAGAUCAAGGCCAUCGUGAAUAAACACUCGCAGUUCAUUGGAUACCUAAUCAAAAUUCCGGUAGAAAAAGAACGCAAGAAAGAGGUAAGUGACGAUGAAGCGGAAGAAAUGGACGAGAAAAAUCAGGAAGAAGGCAAGAAGAAGAAGAAAAAGGCCGUCAAGGUUUAGUGUACCAAACUCUUGUCGUCGCCUUCAAGGUAAAGUGUACCUAACUCUUGUCAUCGCCUGACACGUCCAUCGUGGCAGCAAUAUUACAUCAUUCAUUCUACUGGAGACACAUAGUCCUUUGUUUUUGGGAAAAAAUGAGAUGUGGUCGAGUUGAUCUGGGAUGAUCACAGCAACCGGAGAGUAGAAAAGACUGACAGGAGUGUGUGGAUUACAGUCAUCGAUAGACAGCAGAUACGUUCACCAGUGAUGCUGCCUUAGUAUAAAUUAGAAUGGACUAAUCAUUAUCUAUUAGAGUUCGUAACUACAUUAUAUCAAUAAAUACCACACAUUCGAUAGACCUUGAAUCACUCCAAAUAACCGAUCAGGACACACGGUCGAAGUAAGCCAUUGCUCUUGACCCAAUGACUAGUCAUUUCGACAGAUCUGAUUUCCGUCUCGUAAAUUCCUUGAAAGGGGUAACGGACAUGCCCUUUGUCGGUGACCAGUCGAACAACUGUCGACGUCGCUUCCGCCCAAAAUCUUUUGUCCAAUUGCUGUCAAAAAUUAGACUUCUCGCUCGCUCCUGAAUGGUCCGGUUCAUGCCAUCCCAUUUUGCUCCGGAUUGUAAGGCACCGUCGUCUCGUGACGAAUGCCAUUCGCCUUGAGAAAGUCCUCGAAUUGCUUACCGGUAUAUUCGCCGCCGUUGUCGGUUCCUACACACUUCAGCUUCCUUCCAGUCUGGGUACCGGAUUAGGCCUUGAACUUCUUGAACGCCUCGAACACAAACUUUUUGGCGUCCAGAAAAUAGACGAAGGUCAUCAUACUGCUCGCAUUAUCGAUCAAGGGAACGAAAGAGAUUUACUGUAAGGUCUGGAACACAGAGCACGUUAGAGAUGUCUAGUCUACAUCAUUCACCUUCCACAUCAGCAUCCAGCUCGACGUUCCCCGAGGCCACAACCGGUAUCUCGAAAACGUUCGUCACAAAAGAAAAAAUAUCACCACAAUAUUCGAAUCCAGUCUGCCGUCCAUUUGAUACCUGAUGCGUCCAUUUCCAUGACAGGAAACCUUCUCCAGCUCUUCUUACGGAUAUGCUUCAGAUGCCGACUUCCUGAGGAAAAAAAUCACUUUUCGGCUUGUUGUUUGGCCGGUUGCUAGGCCACACCAGUCGGUAAGAGCUGUACUUGUUCACUCACCAUUUUGCAGCCUCUUCAACAGAACGGGUGUCAGGUUAUCUCUACUCUUCUGGCUUAAGUAGUUAUUCACCUCUGGUUCGUUGAAACUUCUUUCCGAAAUUACUAUCUUUGUUUGGCCAAACAUGUUCUAAAUGCCACUCCUUAUCACAGAUCUUGCAAAUGUAGCUCCUGUAUUGACACUUACGAAAAUCAUGAUUACCUUUUCCUAUUACUUUUGAACUUGCUGCUUCGGAGCAACGAUUGAUUCGAUUGAAGUUUUGGAACCUAAAACCUAACAAUCAGAAAACCGUUUUUAGGACAGGAACACAGGGUAUAACAUGCUACAUGCCGUGGUAUCAUAGACUAAUGUCAAGACCUCGAUGUACCAAAGAAAACGAUCAAAUUUUCUGUGUCCAGUCCGGUACCCAAUAAAUAUUCAUUACCGUGUAUUUUUUUCCGUGCAAAUUACCUUUUGUGUAAAUCAUAUUUAGCGUGUAACACCGAUCUGACAGCUCUGACAGUAAGGGACUAAACAUAAAUUACGUAAGUGGGUACCGAGGUCACAAUCUGUGAACUUGACUGCGUGAUUCCUUCAGAAAUUCUUUCCGGAAUUUUCCCAGGAAUUUGAUCCAACAUUCUCUACGAGUUUCUUCUGAGAUUUUUCUAGCUUUUUUUUUAUAAAUUUCAUCCAAGAAAUCCCUCGGGAUGCUUCUAAAUAUUCCUUCAGUGAUUUUUCCAGAAGUUCUUUCUAGUAUUCCUCCGAAAAUUUCUUCCUGAAGUGUUUUAGUUGUUUUUUUUCUAAGAUUAUUUUAGGAAUCCCUACUGGGAUUUAUCAAGGAGUUUCUUCACGGGUUAUUUACGGAGUUCCUUCUGGGAUUCCUCAGGAUUUUCUGCUAAGAUUUAUCAAGAGUUCCUUUUGGGAUUCCUCCACUAGCUUUUCCGGAUUUCCUCAAGGAGUUCCUUCCAUAAUUCCUUACUGUGAUGAUUUCUCCUUCUGAGAUUCCUACAGGAGCUCAUCCUAAGAUUCCUGCAUAAGUUCCUUCACCGGUUUUUUUCCGGAAUUCCCUCUGGGAUGCCAUUUCUCUUUAAGAUUAACCAGACGUUGCUUCCGAGAUUUCUCCAUAAAUUCUGUCUGUCUGGAUGAAUAUCCAGAAGUUCCUUUAGUGGUUCCUCCAGGAGUACUUAUUGAGAUUCCUUCCUGGAUUAUUGUAUGUGUUCCUUUUUGUGAUUCCUUUAAGAGUUCCUUCCAGAUUACUGCUGGAUUUCUCCAGCAAAUCUUUCCAGAAUUCCUAUUGAAGCUUAUUCCUGGAGAACCUCUUUCUAGGAUUCUUUAUUGUGUGUUCCUUCACGACUUUCUACCAUAAUUUCUUCUGGAAUACCUCGAGGAUGUUGCGAUUACCCGAGAAUUCUUCUGCGAUUCCUUUAGAAAUUCUUUCCUAGAUUGCUUCAGCAAUUAAUCUCGAGAAUCCUUUAGGAAUACUUUCCAGGAUUCCUUUCAGAAUUUCUUCAGGAAAUCCAUUUGAGAUUCCUCCCGGAAUUCCUUCUGGGAUUUCUCCGAAAAUUUGCUUUUGCAUUUUAUCCAAGAAAUGCUUCUAGAAUUCAUCCAUAAAGACUUGCGAUAUUUCUUUAAGAACUUCUUCCGUGAUUCCUCCAGUAAUUCCUUCUGUAAUAUCUGCACAUUGUUAAUGCAAUUCUUUCGUAAGUUCAUUCUGGAGUUCUCUCAGAUAUUUGUAAUGAAAAUCUUUCAGUAGUUAAUACUCAAUUCGAGGAGUUCCGUAAGGAAUUCUGCUUUUAGUUUUUUUUAUUAAACUUAUGCAGGACGUCCUUCAGAAAUUCAUCCAACAAUUUGUAAGGAGUAACUUCUGGGUGUCCCCCAGUUUUUUUUUAUUCUUAAUCACUUAACCUAAUUUACAGCUCUUUUUGUCCACUAGGGCACUACGUGAGCGAUUCCAAUUGGACGCUGCACUUUGUACAGCGCCUACAUAUAUUCUAUUCUAAUUCAACUAUUUCGAACUGGUUCCUUGUGCUGCUUCAACUUUUCUACCCUGUCCACGGUAGAAUGAUGAGCACGAUGAUGCUUAUGUAUGGCUGCUGUUCCUUCUCCAGUCCGAUUGGGGGUCCAUUAUGAGUUGCGGUUCGCCAAUAUCCAAAUUCCGGGUCCGUUAGAGCUAUAUGCUCCGAAGAGGGUCAAGUGCCAGCUGCUCUCGUGGGGAAGAACAACUGACGAAAAAUUGCAAGUGCCGGGGCUGGGUUCGAACCCAUGACCAUCCGCUCAUGAAGCGAACGUGUGGACCACUGCGCCACGGGCCCCGACUGUCCCCCAGUUAUGCCAAUAGUUCUUGAAAUUUUAGUGAUAUUCACUGCCAGAUUACCACAAUAAUGUGCAUACUAAUUACACGCGCUCAUAGAAAUUCUCACCGGAAUAGCUAUUGAAUUUCCACCGAAUUUUCCUCGAAGCCAUACCAACAUUCGUCCGCAGUAUGUCUUUUGAAAAUCCACAUGAUUUUCCACAUGAUUUGCGUCGUAUUCCCUGCAGCCUUCCGCCUAUCGUAGACUGAACCGCUAAUUGUAAAUAUAAGGUCAAAGUUUUGACUUCAUCACACCCUUGAUGUUCGUCUGGCUAACAUGCCUUUUCAUGUGAACUCGUAUGCCUACUAAUUUGGGAUGUCCACAACGAUUCUCCUACACAAAGUUGUAUACGUUUUCAAGAAAACACUUGCUCAAAGGUCAACCAUGUACGGCAGAAUAAGGAAGGAAGUCUGUGUUGAACUUGAAGCUGAUGCGUCCGCGUCUUAUCAGAAAAUCAUUUCAAUCCUCAAGUGCCUUGAUGAUCAACUUGAACUAA